AGUAAAUCGGCAUCUUAUCCCUAAAUGAUACUCUCGAAAGAGAGGGAGAUAGAACGGUAUAGGAUUCUUUGAAAAUGACGAGAGAAAAAAGGGGGAUGGUUUUUGCUAUAAAAGAAGGCACAAAGAAGACUGGAGCUGCAAAGGAAAAGGGCAAGGAGAUUUCUAUGGGCGUUAGAGAAUUCCAAAUCAGUGAUAGAAACGUUGUAAUCCAUGAGCUUGACGACCUCUAUGAUUCCACAACCGGUAGAGUGCUCACCGGUUCCUGGGUCUGGAACUCAGCCUUCGUCCUAGCCGAAUGGAUGGCAACUCAGUGCAAGUUAUUCGACUUCGACAUCCGGGACAAGACCGUGAUUGAGCUCGGAGCUGGGGUUGGACUCCCUGGUUUGAUGGCAGCUUUACUUGGUGCUCGUCGUGUUGUACUUACUGAUGUAGAACCAUUGCUUCCUGGGUUGUUGAGGAAUGUAGAUGCCAAUGGACUCGUGGACCGAGUUCAAGUAAGGGAACUCGUCUGGGGCUUAGAUGAAUCAGUGAGUCGAGCAAACGAGUUGGGAGAGUUUGACCUGAUUUUGAUGUCGGAUUUGUUCUAUGACUCAGAGGACAUGGCCCCUCUAGCACACGUCCUAAAGAUCAUCUCUGGGAAAAAUAGCAAAAUCUGGGCAGCUUCUGAGAUUCGACCAUGGACCGUCGAGUGCCUAAAAGAGUUCAUGAAUGAAGGAUUCAAGGUCGAAGAGUCACAAGUUCAACUAGACGAACCUCGUGAGGAAGACGACGACCACGCCAUUUUAGACUUGUUUUCUAUUUUCCAUCUCCAACCACCUGAUGAAGAAAGGAACUCCUAAUCAAAAAAGAAUGUUAGUUGGCAUGCUUGAUAUGAGAUGAACUGUUCAAUUGCCUUU